AUGAUCAUCGACGACGGCGAGCCCGAUUCUCCUUUGAAGACUCAACAGCCUCUUCCGGCUGUCCAGAAUGCUCUGGAUGACCAACGGAGACUCCUGGAGGAUGUUCCUCCCCCUGCGUACACAGGCCCCAGUACCCUCUCUCCGGCUGCUAUGCGUCACCCGCAAGCUGGACCUAGCAACCCUCUACUUGACCCAGAGGGCCAUCUUGAGAAAGGAGAGCCCGCUGGGAGACGAUUCCUGAAGGCAUUUGUGGUGGCCAUCCUCAUAUGCGCGCUUUUUGGAUUUAUGCAGGGCAUCCCUGGAUACACGAAACGGCCUUCCAAACUCCUGCCCAAGGACGGGAAGGUUCUUGAAUGUCGUAAAGGACGCAGUCGCUGGAACGAGAACAGCGGGUCGCUACCUUCUAUGUCCUUCGAAAUGCCUAUGCCAUCAGAAGCCUUCUAUCUGUUCGCUCGAGGUGCAUACACCUUGGGGCAUGUAGACGUCGUACACAACACCGACUGGACUCUUACCGAUACCGUCAAGGUGGACAUUCAAGUGGUGACUGCACAUGCCGAAUUUUACAGGAAGUCAGCGUCUGCCGGAUGGAACGGAAGAAAGGCGAGCGAGGGAUCGCGCUACUGGUAUGCGCGCUUUGUGCUCUGUAUAUCGCAGGGCAAUUCUGCAUUGGAGGUUGAAGGUCCAGCUACCACCUUCUACCGACUUCGGGCCUCUAUAUAUCCCGCUUUUGAGACAGUACUCCCACGCUUCACUCAAAGUAUCGAAGAUAUGCACGACGACGUUGAGUUUGGCUUCCUCGGACUCGCGUCGACAGACGGCAAGAUCUAUGCACACUCAGCGUAUGCAAACGUUGCGCACCUACUUGCUAGCAAGGGUAGCAUAGAAGGCGACUUCGUCGCCAAUCACCUCGAGGUCGUUGCCUCUGGUACUCCCAUCCAGGCUAACAUCACAAUACUUGCAGACGACACCAACAACGGCACUCUCUACCUCAAGUCUUCAAACGCUGAAAUCAACUCGACAGUGGCCCUGCUAUCUGCGCACCCUUCGUUUGGCGAGGGUACUUCCGGCGAGGCGAUGUUCGACGUCGUCACGCGUACGACUAACGCCGCCGUCGAGGUCAACGUCGUCGUUCUGCCCGUUGACGCGGACGUCCGCGUCGCAGCGAAGACGACAAACAACCGCGCGACGUUACGCCUGCCGCACACAUUCGAGGGCAACUUCCAGCUGCGCUCGACGAACUCUUGCCAGACGUCGCCUUUUCGUCCGCCGCGCGCGACCCGAGCGGCCGGGGACGCAAGAGGCGGAUAUCAACGGAGAGGCUGGGAAGAGUUGGAUAUCGGGGCGAACGUCACGCACAAGGGGAAGGCCGACGGAGAGUGGGGAGUGAAUUGCGCGGGCGUCACAGCGGUAUCUCCAGUCGCCCGUGGCUUCGAGGAAUGGCGGCUAGAUGAGCCUUGGCCGUGCAGACAGUGA